UUGCAAAGAGGGAGUCAGAGACACGGAGAAUAAGCGCAUUCUGAAAAGAGCUGCUUAUCGAAUCGGAACCACACUUCAAGAGCUGGGGUCGGAGACGUGGGUUUGUGGAAUGCCACCAGUCCGGGCAUGCUAUAACAGACUGUAACAGUAUUUGGUAGAUCGGGAGAGUUGACUGGUAUAGUGCUGUGUGACCCCAGCAUACCUUCAGACACAGAGCACGGAUGAUAACAACGCUUGCUGGAGUAGUAUACAGGCGAGCUGAGGAUACAGCGGGUAAGAAUCCGGACAGGGCAGCGAGGCUAACAUCAACAACACACAAUGGUUCUGCAAAACAGUGGAAGAUUCAAAGCGGAUCGUGACUGGGGCAAGAGCGGAGACCAGAAAACCAGCAGGAUGAAGCUUCGACGAUGUCCGCUCUUAAGCGCCUGGAGCGCAGCCAGUUCACAGACGAGAUGGACGCGUGCUUCGGCUUCGAGAGGAUGAAAGAUCCGGGAGAGAAGACAGGCUGGCUCAUCAACAUGCACCCGGAAUGAUCACGUUCUCCCAGGAGUACGUCUCCAGCGAGCUCACCCAGAACUUCUUCACCAUCACCCAGAAGAUGCAAAAGAAGGUGACUAGUUCGAGGAACGCCACAGAGACCUCGGAAAUGUUCCCAGUACUGCCGGGAUCCCACCUGCCCCUCAGCAACCCAGCGCUGGAGUUCAUCAAAUAUGUCUGCAAGGACGGAAUGGUGACUCUGCAGUGGUUCUGCUCUAACUGCCAGGCGCAGUACGAGACGGACAGCAUCAAGACUGCCCUGGUGGAGGCUCUACAGAAGAAGCUCCUGACCUACACCCUGCAGGACCUGGGCUUUUCCAAGCAGAUCAGCGUCUUCCGGAACAUCACUGUUCACUACAGCAUGCCCUUCCUGCGGGAGAACAUCGACUGGAUGCUGCAGAUGAACCCUGAGCUGGGCAAGGAGAAGGCAUGACCCCCACCAAACAGAGCAGCCUGGAACUGCAGUGUCCCCCUGGA